UCUGAAUCCAAUCAUCCAAGCCUGGGAGCCCACGUUUAGACGUGACCAGGAGCCAUUCCCGCUUCCCAACACGCUGCAGGCUGGAGUAGACAGGCUCGACUCUGCAAGAGGAGACAAUCACUCUACAUUCCCCUGUUGUCCUUCACCCGAAAAGAGAUGGAACUCGGCGAGAUCGUGGUGACUGAACAUUCCAGUGAGAGGCAGAUGUACAAGAGGCGGGCGCCAAGAGCCCAGGACCUGCUGUGGAGAAGCGGAAACUGGAUCCACCAGGGUUUUGGGUAUCUCACAGGAGAAAUGAAAGAAUAUGGAGAGUGGAUGAAAAACAAGCCCUUAAUGGUCCAGCUGGUGGACUGGAUCUUGCGAGGGACCUCUCAGGUGAUGUUUGUCAACAACCCCUUCAGUGGGCUGAUCAUUUUGGCGGGGCUUUUCAUCCAGAGUCCCUGGUGGAUGCUCACGGGCUGCACCGGCACCGCUGUGUCCACGCUGACCGCGCUGGCUCUCAGUCAGGACAGAUCAGCCAUCUCAGCUGGGCUGCACGGCUACAACGGGAUGCUGGUGGGAUUGCUCAUGGCCGUCUACUCCAGCAAAGGGGAUUACUACUGGUGGCUUCUCCCUCCUGUGGUAGUUAUAUCCAUGGCCUGCCCAGUCCUGUCCAGUGCUUUGGGAUCCAUCUUUAGUAAAUGGGACCUUCCUGUUUUCACUCUGCCCUUCAAUAUUGCGGUGACUCUCUACUUGGCAGCCACAGGACACUACAACCCCUUCUUCCCCACAACCCUCAUCAAGCCUGUGGCUGCAGUGCCCAACAUCACCUGGUCUGCAAUCAGUGUGCCACUGCUCCUACAAUCCAUCCCAGUUGGAGUUGGUCAAGUGUAUGGUUGUGGAAACCCCUGGACUGGAGGCAUUUUCCUUGUGGCUUUGCUUAUCUCCUCCCCACUGAUUUGUUUACACGCUGCAAUUGGAUCAACAGUGGGGAUGUUUGCAGCACUGAGCAUUGCAUCCCCAUUUGACAGCAUCUACCUUGGCUUACACAAUUACAACUGUGCCCUGGCCUGCAUCGCAAUCGGGGGCAUGUUCUACGCCCUGACCUGGCAGACACACCUGCUCUCACUUGCCUGUGCAUUAUUUUGUGCCUACUCUGGAGCGGCCCUUGCUAAUGCUCUCUCUGUGCUCGGGCUGCCAGUCUGCACCUGGCCUUUUUGCUUCUCCGCACUCCUCUUCCUGCUGAUCAACUCAGAAAACCCAGCCAUCUACAAAGUCCCCCUCUCCAAAGUCACCUACCCAGAAGCCAACCGGAUCUACUACCUGAGGAUGAGGAGAAGGGCCUCGGAGAGCAGGAGAGCGGGAGAGCAGAAGCGGAAGGAGCAGAAACCCCCCCACGACUCAAAAAUAAGCACAGGAGUCACCCCCCUGUGCACCCCCAAGAACCGCCACGCUCACUGA